CAUAUUCACGUGACACAUACACUUAUCGAAUUCAUAUCAGAGUUAUUUGUACCAAAAUGCAUUGACAUAUCAAACUGGAGCAUAUCGAUCACUGGAUAAAAGUAGAAAUCAACUGAGACUGUUAGAGACGCUAUUUGUCAAAAGACAGAGAAGACGCCUGGUGCGCUAAUUAUUGAAAAAAAGAUUUUCUAGAGAUGGAAUCUAAAAUAGAAGUUCUGAUAACUUUGUUUCUUUUAAUAAGGCUUUGUGCCCAAGUUGCUGAAGCAAAUGUUAACACAGAAUCCGAAUCAAAUGGAGAUAUAAAUAUCACUGCAGUGGCUGCAACGGACAAUCCAACCACUACAUUUGCGGCAGACGAUGAACGAUCAAUGGAAAAUGUGUCCGGUAAUGACGAUGAAAGACCACUGAUGGAGGAAGAAAAACACUUUGACUAUGGUGAUUUCCUUGAUUUCAUCAUAAUACUAAGUAAUGAAACAACUACAGUCAUGUCACCAAGUAAAGCCGAAACCACACAAAUUGCGAUCCACCUAGAUCCAAUAUUAUUAGAGUAUGAAUUUGAUGAUAUGGGACCAUGUGAUGCUGAAUUCGAUUUGGAACUGUUACAAUUCAUGACACCAAACUGUAGCAUGGAAGAACCAAGCAUGUAUAGUUGUAUGAAUAGAUGCGGAGAGAAGACACAAAUUCCAGAUGCUCCUCUCUGUUCAUGUGAUAUAUACUGUCAAUCCAACAGAGACUGUUGUCUAGAUUAUAACAGCGCAUGCCCUGCUGAUGCAAAAGUAGCCAAGCAAAUCCAGGAAAAUAUGACAACAAAAAAUAUCACGUUUGAUUGCAUUGAUAUAGAUUAUGACAAGACCUCUUCUGACUUUCGUCAAAUUAUAAAUACAUGCCCAAAUAUGGACACAUGUGUCAACGCAGAUGAUGGAAUCAUGAACCUUAUACCAGUUAAUGAUAACUCGAGUGAUGUACACUACAUCAAUAGAUAUUGUGCGAUAUGUAAUAACGUAUCAGUUGAGAAUAUAAUUCCAUGGCCUAGUGAUGUCGAAUGCGAAGUCGAGGAAGAACUUGUUCAAUCAAUUGAUGAUCUGAUGAAGUAUAUUGAUGAAGGAAGAUGCCGUAUAAAACUCACAGCUCAAGCCAGACGUUGUUAUUCAUUGGUUACAGAUGAAUGCAGCGAAGACUGUGGCAGUGAUGCCCUCAAGGCCAUGUGCUAUAACAGUCCUAGACAGAUUGUCUCGAAUCAUGACACGAACUUCAAAAAUGAAUUCUGUGCUUUCUGUAAUGACAUUCCGACAGAUCACUUCAUGUGUAGCCUCAUAUACUUUAGCAUUAAUGGUGGUGGUACUAGUAACGGUUUGAAAAAGUUCUCAUUCUCUCUUCUUCUCGAUAUUGAUCCAAAUAAGGGAACAAAAAUUGGAUUCAAUGUCAAUGGCGAAAGUUUAACAUACAACUGUGAAAAGAAUGGCUAUUGCGACAAUGUAUGUGAGCGUGGUUAUGAAUACAGGAAUGAAAAGUGUGUGCAAGUAUAUUCACGAGACACCUUUACUGCUAAGUGGAUAUACUCCUUUUCCCAACCAUACACACAGGCUUUGGCGAGUGAUAUCAGUUUCAUUGAUGCUUUUCAGUCUUUUGUCGGGCGACCAUUAAAUAGAGCGAAUUUGACACACGUUGUUCAUUAUGAUGGUGAAUCUCUAAAUUGUACGUUGACUGCUGUAUUUCUAAUCAAGAAACCAGUGAACCAGACAGCAUUGGAGCACAAUACUCCAUUCUAUGAAGUUUUUGAUGCGUUCAAUGAGAUUUACAACACAUAUUUCUUCGAUUCCGAUACCCUAAAACUGUGUGUUGAAUCAUAUGACAAUGUUACGUGUUUUGAUAUGAUUCAACAAAACUUUGUUAAUGAUGAUACUGUUGAUGCUGCUCUUGGAGAAGUAAUUGAGGAGUCGGAUACUCUUGGCUCGAAUUCAUUGUUAGCAGACUCCGCUGACACAAUGGGGCUAGUGACAAUUAUAUGCUUGUCUAUAUCUAUCAUUUGCAUGAUUACGAGAUUGAUCCUUCAGAUCUUUGUGCCAGUUUUCCAUACCUUAUCAGGAAAGAUGCAGUUUUCACUUGUUCUUGCUUUGUGUCUUGCUAGUUCUCUCUAUUUAGUCGGGCCAAUGCUAGUUGGGAUGAUGGAGGCUUGCAAAACAGUUGGUGUUCUUAUUCACUACUUUUAUCUUGUCACGUUUGCCUGGAUGGUCAUCAUUGCGCUCGAUAUGUACCUUGCAUUCAGAUCUACUCUUCAAGCAGCCUAUAAAGGCUUCAAACGCUUUGUGGUAUACUCUUUGAUUGCCUGGGUUUCACCAGGGGCUAUAGUAGGUGUGUCUGUAGCACUGGAUAAUGCAGACAUACCUAGCUCUUAUAAACCAAUGUAUGGAGAUCCAGUUUGCUUGAUUUCCAACACGUAUGCUAAUUUGGUAUUCUUUGCUGGGCCCCUCGCACUCAUGAUUGUGUUCAACAUUGUCUUUUACUCUCUUACUGUAUGGAAACUUCGUCAAACUUGGCAACAGACCGCGAAGGUGAAAUCAGGCUCUGAAAAUCACCUGGACGUGUACAUAAAACUAUUUAUUAUCAUGGGAUUCACCUGGAUUUUAGGAUUUGUGGCACCAUUUGUUGGAAGUGAUUUUGUGUGGUAUGUAUUCAUUCUUCUGAAUGCUUUACAAGGUGCAUUUAUUUUUGUCGCAUCUGUCUGUACAAAGAGAGUUCUUAAGUCACUGAAAUGUUUGAAACAGUUGACGCGGAAUCCAACUUCAUCUUCUAUCAUUCGCACCACCAGUACCACCAAGAACCAAUCCACCACCAAAUUUUGAUAUUGACAUUUCAAAUAUCGAUAUUUAUCCCAUGGUUGCAAGGAUAUAUUUGAUAUGUGGAUCAAGAUAUCAUAUUUUAGCAAAGAAUUCCCAAAACCAUCGAAUAUCACCUCUAAAAAGUGACAUUCGAUGGUUUCAAAAGUUGUAUUCGAUGGUUUCACAAAUGAUAUUCGAUAUUUUGAUUUUUCAAAUUUUUAAUUUUUUAAUUAUUUUUUUCUAAUGAAUUUCCAUAAACGGACAAUCCUUUUUAAAACGGGACACUCACAUAUACAUGUAUUAUAUUAUUAAGGCUGCGUUUUUGAACUGCCCAACUGAGUUCCAACCGUGAUGUCUUUCAAAAGAAUAAUGUGAGUGUAGGUGCGCUUGAAUGAGCUGGUUUUGUUGAAAAACGGGUGACCAUGUAAUUUACACUAGGCUGGGGUUAUUGUUAUCUUUCGUGAUACUUAGGGGGAAAACUUAUUAAAGUUGUACUCAAACAUUUUACUCGAUUUAGAGAUAUUAAUGCUAUCUUACCGUAUGAAAGCCACACUUUACAAUGGUGAACCAUCAACAACUCGAAAAAUUCAUUUUAUCAUGAUAUUGGGGAUAUAAUGUCAGCACUAGUCUGUUUUCGCGGCAAAACUGAUUUUAUUUUCAGAGCAGAAAUUUUACGUCACGUGACAUGACGUGUGUGGUUGAAACAAUUUGCCGCGAAAUACGAUUUUGUAGAUAAAAAUGAAACCCUGGCUUUCAAAAUCGAGUUAUUCACUCUUAUGUUGAGCCAAUUAUUUCAUGAUUGAGGCUAUUCUCAUCAAGUUUGAAAAGGGUAUAAUAUCACUUAUUUAUAUAACAGUUAGUUAUAUAACAGCAAACAUUGCCAGUGUUUGGGGAUUAAAACUUUUCAACCCGAAUGUAAUGUUGUAAGGCCAAAAUAUAAUUAUUGGCUUAAAAUUUUCAGUUUCAACAACUUUUCGAUUUAGCGCCAGAAUAACUUGGCACACGGUACGUCAUGGUCAGGUGACCUCAGAAAGUGCGCAAUAAUAACAGCAUUUCAGAGAGGUUGACAUUCUUAUCUUAAUAAAUGAUGUUGUGUAGGGAAAUAUCACAAGCUUUGUAGUCAACAUAACAAAAGUGAUGCUAUUUGUGCUAAGAAAAGAUAAUAGGAGAUUCUUUCAUUGGUUUUAGUACAAUUUUAAAUAUUAUACAACUGUACAACUGACUUGUGUCACGGACAUUCAAAAACGCAGCCUUAGAGUAUAUAUGAACCAAGUAUAUAUUGAAAAUAAGUAGAUAUAAAUUCUAUAGUGAAUGUAUACAACAUUUAAACUUAAUUUGAUGUUUUUAUAAAUCUGAUUGCUCUUCGCAAGACAGUAGUAUGUUACCAUUAAUGACAGCUAUCACGAAUGCAGACAAAGGAUUGGUAUCGAUAUGGAGAACUGAAUUGGAAAAUAACAUUUUGGUAAAAAUUGCUAUACCUGCACAUGUUAUUUUCUGGUACACUAUAAAGUAUGAAGGCAUGUGUUAAUUUCCUUGCUUUUUCAGGAAAGGAUCAUUACAUUGUCUUCUUUUAGUAUAUCUGGUAAGAGGUCAAUGGGAACUCCAGGAAAUUCUGAUAUUUUACGCUUUCUAUUUUUCUAAGUUUUCAGGUUUACUAAAAGUAGACAAUGUAAUGAUACGUUCCUGAAAAAAGCAAGGAAAUAUACACAUGCCUUCAUAGUUAAUUUUGUACCAGAAAAUAACAUGUGCAGGUAGAGUAAUUUUUAACCAAAAUGUUACUUUCCAGCUGAACCUUAAGGCCAGGGUGCAUGUUGGGAAAUUUUCUGCAUUCCUCACUAGAGUCACAUGUUAUUUUUCAAACAAGAAUCACUCCUUCCCAAAAUGAUCUACAUCUUCCAGUUUUACAGUUUAAAACUUAUAUAUAGGACAUUUAUGAAGCUAGAAAAUGUAGAUAUCGAAGAAGCACGUGGCAGCCAUCUUGAAAAAUGGUGGACUUUACACGUUAUUUUACGAUCUUUGCUGUAACUUAAAAAGUAGUGGAGCAAUUUUGUUUAUAUUUGGUAUUAUGAAUACUAUAAGCAUGGUGUACUGUCUAAUGACACCUUUGGUAGAAGCCACUCAAAAUGGUUGCCACUGACACGUACGUUUGUGCUAUUUAAAGUUUUAUAUGUGCCUACUUCACACUACCCUACCUCGAUCGCACAUGCGCGAUUUUUUGGCUUUCAACCAGGUCACUUUUGAGUAUAUGGACUGCUUAGUCGAAAGGUUAAUACGUUUGGUGCUCGGAGCGAGUCAAUAUUUCUAUUCGCUGAACUUCAGUAGUGCAAUAGUGAAGUCCAUGUUCCAAGUUAUAUGAUAGUUGAAGAAAGAAAUGUAAAUAAUAUCGUUUUAAAUUUUAAAAUAUUUGAUAUGUCAUAGUACACGGUACACAGUUGCAAAAGUUGAUCAAUACAGGGUACAAGGAAUGUAAAUUGUUCAAUAGUGCAGGGAGCGAGAAAGUAAGCUGAUUAUACAGACAUACAUAUACUAUGUCCCAAUCUCAUGUACAUUUACGUUACAAACAGUGAAAAUAAUGCUAAAAAGGCCGCCUGUUGAUGCUUUGAGGUGUCAUCAAUUGUUAUUUAAUCCAAAUAAAGUAAACAUUAUUUUGUAGAUUUAGACACAGGCUUUCAGGUCGUAUAUGCAUUUUAGUCAUUAAAUUAACAAGAACGCUAGAUUAAACGUGUUACUAGGGUAUAAAAUUGAAAUAAAAUAACAAAAUUAAAUAUGAACACGUUAAUGAUGAAUAACUAUCCGCUAUCAGUA